UUGGCAGACAUUUUUUUCUUUCUACAAUUUUAAAUUAAAUUUAUUAGAAUAAAUGCUUCGAACACACGCGAUCUAAGUACCUUUUGUGUUUAUUAUACCUUACCUACCUAGGUAUAAAAAGAGUACUUACGUAGAUUUUCUUUUAUUAACUGUUUUAUACGAAGAUCUUGAUCUCUCAAAUUAGCAUCCAUUUUACUUCCAGUGAUUAUCAACUAAAUUAAUAAUCCACAAAGUAUUAAAUAACGUUUUUAUGAAAUAUUUAGCACAAAAACAAUACCCUUUAAAUAUCGAUCGUCAGUAACUGUGGCUGACUUACCUAUAUUCUAGCAAGCAGGACUGCCAGAUGUGAAGGGGAAAUCCCCAAUAAAUUGUUGCAUGUGACUGAUGAUGUGAGCAUGUUCGUUUCAUAAUAAAAAUGUUGCCAGGUAACCAAAAAGUCGUAUGUUUUUGUGCGAAUUACGAUCAUAAUCUUUACGAUCGUACAUUAAAAAAUAGACAAAUAAUAGUAUGAGUACGAUUUAAAUCGUAUAUCUGUCAACCCUGCUAGCAAGACAGCGACAAAAUCACGUUGCAUAACAAUGUAGCCCAAGCUUAUAUCUUAUGAAAUAUACGGAAGAGAUACGGACUUAGAAAAAACAGAAAUGUUGUUCUUUGUGGAAGUCAUUGAUGAAAUUCUAUGUAUUUUAGCCCGCAAACUUUCUUCAAACAAAAACAGCGCCAUCUAGUAUCGAGUUCUGUAAUUAUCUCUUUGUUUAUGGAUUUGAAGUAAGACCGCCACGCAUGCAAUACAUUAUGACUGGGGAUUCCCCUAUUCGUCGACGCUGAAUAUGAGGCGACGACAAUCACUGUCAAACGUGUUCACUAUUACUCUGACUCUGGUAACGUGACUUCCUGGUAACGUGUUAGGUAGGAAAAGCAGUAAAAAAGUGCAUAUUAAGGGAGCAGAUUUGAAAUAAUAUUUAUACUUAACAAGAAAUAAUUAAAGGUUCAAUGGGGAGACCUAAAGAUUUACGCAUAUGGGAGCACUACCGUACUUUACCAAACAAGUCUGUUUCUUGCAAGCUUUGUAAUAAGGUCUACAAAUUCAGUAAUGCUGCCAAAAUGCUUCAACAUCUUAUCACUUGUCCAAAAUCUCCAGAAACAUUAAAAGACUCUAUGAAACUUAUAAAAGAUAGCUCGUCCAAAACCAAAAUGUCUGGACUGUCAGAGAUAGAGACAAAUGAUUCUUUUAUAAGCCCCUCGUCGUCUGCUAACACUACAAUAAAUGCUGAGUUUCAAGACACCGAUGAUCAUAUAAAAACAGAAUUAGCGAGAGCUAUAUUUGUAACAGGGACGCCAUUAUCGAUGGUGCAACAUCCUUUAUGGAUACAAUUUUUCGAAAAAUUGCAACCAAAAUUUAAAAUACCUUCACGUAAAGCUUUAGCGACAAAAUACUUAGAUAAAAUAUAUAGAGAAAUGCGUUUUGAGUUAAAUGAGGAACUAAAUGCUUGUAGUUACUUACACCUUCAGUGCGAUGGCUGGUCUAAUUUAAGAAAUGAAGGAAUAAUAAACUUUCUUAUAUCAAAACCUCAACCUGCAUACGUUAAAAGUUUGAAUACAGAAAGUAAUCCUCACACUAGUGAAUACCUUAGCCAAGAAGUUGAAAAAGUAAUGAAAGUGUAUGGAGCAAAUAAGUUUCUUGUACUUAUUGGCGAUAACGCUAGAAAUAUACAAAAGGCAUUCGAAUUAACAAAACUCAAAUAUCCACAUGUUGUUCCUCUCGGUUGCUGUGCACAUAUCCUUAACUUGUUGUGCCAAGAUAUUGUAAAGAUACAAGAAGUAACUGUGUUUAUUAUGCAAGCCAUAAAUAUAAUAAAAACUGUUAAAAGGAGUCAACGAUUAAGUUCCUUGUUGAUAAAAUCAAGGCAGGGUGAAGAUUCUACACAAACACUAAAAUUGCCUUGUGCUACAAGAUGGGGAAGUCAUGUUACUUCGUUAAAAAGUUUGAAAGCAAAUAAGAUAGCUUUGCAAAUAUUAACAGUUAGAGAAGAUGUGGUAAUUUCAAGAGAUAUUAAAGAUUUAAUUCUAAGUGAUGAUUUCUGGACGAAGACAGGGGAAUGUAUAAGUAUUUUGGAACCAGUCACUGAAAGCAUAUUUUACUUAGAGAGCGACCAGAAUCGUUUGCAUCGCACAUACAUUACAUUUAGAGAUGUACAAGCUAAGAUACGUUUUGCAUUAAAUGAGAUUUCGACAUUGAGCGAAGAAAGCAAACAGCAGAUUCUAACAUCAGUAUCUUCAAGAUGCAAUAUGGCAAUGAGGCCAAUACAUUUUGCAGCAUAUAUUCUAGACCCCAGGACUCUAGGAGUCGAACUUACUCAAGAGGAAGAACUUAAGGGUAUGGAGUUUAUCUACAAUUUAAGCCAACACUUAAGUUUGUCAAAUGUAAUGGCAGAUUUGGCGUGUUAUAAAGCUAAAGAAAACUUUUGGGCCAGAGGAUUUGUAUGGAGCUCAUUAGAUAGCAUUGAGCCCCUAAUAUGGUGGAAAGGUAUUUGUGGUUCCACUGAGUUAAGCAAAGUAGCGAUUCGUAUUCUAUCAGCUCCCUGUACUUCGGCAGCCACUGAGCGUUCCUUUAGUAUCCAAGGCUACAUACAUAAUAACAAAAGAAAUCGACUUACAACUGAAAGAACUGAAAAAAUUUCAUUCAUUUGUUAUAACUGGAAUCUUAAACAUAAAGCUGAAUGCGAGGACAUUCAGUUUAAUGAAGAAAAUACCUUAGAAGCUUUCAUUGAGCAAGUAAAUGAACAUAACAGUUUAGACGAAAUAGAGCCUAUCGAACCUAUACAAUUCAUCGCUUGUAAUAACUCUGAAUCUGACAGUGAUUGACUGUAGUUUUACAUUUUACUUUCAUCUCUUUCUUAAUAAACUCAAAAUCAAAUUAAAAGUUUUUUAUUCUGUAGGCUGCAUAAUAAUAUUGUCUAUGUCCAGUAUAGUGGACGUCUUGCGGCUGAGAUGACGAUGAUGAAGUACAAAAUCAUAAACACCCAAAAAUUUGGGUGUUUAUGGGGUUUAAACCCAAUAAACCCAAAACACCCGGUUUUUACCCACCAGACUUUAAACCCACCCAGGUGGAUUGCCCAUCUCUAAU